UGUGAAAGAACAGCACUGUCACUGUCCGUGUUUGAAAUAAAGUUCUGCGCUUUUGAAUGAAACAUGGCGACCCCUGCAGCAGGAUGUCAGCACUAUGUCCGCAAAUGUUUAUUAAAAGCUCCCUGCUGUGAGAAGUUUUAUGUGUGUCGUCUCUGCCAUGAUGAUGAGGAAAAUCACAAAAUGGACCGGUUUCAGGUCAAAGAGGUGAAAUGUGCGGUGUGCGACUCUGUCCAAGAGGCUCAGCAGGUGUGUCGGGGGUGUGGAGUGACGUUCAGCGAGUAUUACUGCGAUAUCUGUCACCUCUACGAUAAAAACAAGAAGCAGUUCCACUGUCAGCCGUGCGGCAUCUGCAGGAUUGGCCCGAGGGAGAAGUUCUUCCACUGCGAGAAGUGCAAUUUGUGUCUAGCCAACGAUCUUCAGGGCAAACACAAGUGUGUGGAGAAUGUGUCGAGGCAGGACUGCCCUGUGUGUAUGGAGGAUAUGCACACGUCCAGGAUCGGCGCUCACGUCAUGCCCUGUGGUCACCUGCUGCACAAGACAUGCUUCGAGCUCAUGUGCAGAAACGGUGCGUAUCGGUGUCCCCUCUGCAUGCACUCAGCGUUAAAUAUGGAGGAGUACUGGGAGGAGAAAGAUUUAGAGAUUGCUCAGUCACCCAUGCCACCCGAGUUCAAGGAUCGGAAAGUAAAGAUCCUGUGUAACGACUGUCAGCACCGCUGUACUGUAGAUUUCCACGUGUUGGGGAUGAAGUGUGGUGGCUGUGGCUCCUAUAACACCUCGCAGGAUUGAUGCAGCUUCUGAUCAACAACAAAACAAGCCUAAAAAAAUAUACCUGUUCCACUUCUCUCAUCAUUUCCUCCGACUUCUUAUCUUCUUUCUACCUCUUAUCUAUUUCUUUCACCCAGCUCCAUUAUUAACCGACGUUAAGUUGAAACGCCAUCCUGCUCGGCCUAAGACGGAGACCUGCGAUUUCCCCUUCUCCUAUCCCUGGUCACCGAUAUUUGAUGUCAGUCCUCCAUCAUGUCAUGACUUCUUCACAGACUGGAUGUUUUUGUGAACAGUGUGUGAGCAUUGACACUUUGGGACAGCAGCUCAUCUAAAACAUCAUUUGUGUAUUUCUGAGCCUGGGUUUCUCGUUCAGCUCCAUCGUUGAUGCUCUGUCAUAGAUGACGUGAUGUUACUUCCUCUGAUUCCUGUACACACAUCAUCACAACAUCGUUUUGAGGAAAAAAACCCUUCAAACAUGAUGGUGCAAAUUUCACGUAGAGCUGGGUAAUACCAUUACAGUGUGUGCUGUAUGUAAGUGGUGUGGAAUUAAAUGGAUGUUGGGAUCCAGGCUUCUAUUGAUGUAUCAGUUCUUCAGCAUCAGUGCUGCUAAUAAAAAUAAUUUAAAAAACAUAA